CGGAAACUGCGUCACAUGGAGACAGGAACCGGAAGCCCGCAAGUCCAACCCAUUCCUUUGAUUCUGUUUCUAUGGAGACAGAAAACUCUUGAAUAUACCGAACGAGCUAGGGACCUCAUCAUGUCUCUAAAAGGUGGCAAUGUCAAUGUGCAAGUUGGCGCUGGAUUCUGGAAUAGCGCAAAGCCAGUUCAGUACAGCAAAGAAACCCAGGAGCUGCUGCGAGUCAUGAUGCAAGAAUCCAAGCUCACAAACUUUCAACAGCGUCAGAUCAGGGAGCGAUUGCAAUGUGGAGAUGUAUUGCCCACCCAAUGUCAUCCGAGCUCUAGCAAUAGCGAUCGUAAACCUCCAUGUGUCCCAGCUCAGCGGCUUAGUGCCCGUGUUCUACGUGCUAGACCCAGCUUACGUCCUGCAGAGCAAUGUCGCGCAGGAGAUGCUUAUGAUAGAGAUAAGUUCCGUCCUCGUCCUACAAGAGAUCUAAACAAAGAAAAACAUAGAUUGCAAAACAUCAUGGCCACUGGGAAAGACCUGCCUGAGACAAAGCAUGCUUCUCCACAGGUGGAAGAGGCUGUGCUGGAGGAGAAGGACAGAUUUGAUGAGUUGAUGGCAGAAAUCAAGGAAAGAUGGGAGUUCUUGACAGAGAUGGAAGCCUUGGGCCGAGGAAAAGAAUAUCACAAUAUCAUCAGCACAGAGAUUUCUCAGAAACUGCGAGAAAUGGAACUCAUUGAUAAGCAAAGAAGCGCGGAACUCAGGGAUGCAUUAAAGCUGUCAGAGAACAAGAAGCCUGACCAAUUCUAAAAGGUUCCACGUGUAGUUCUCACGAGAUACCUCACUGCCCAUCCAUGGCACACAUUAUUACAAGGGUGGUCCACCAAAUGAUUCUUCGACUCAAAAUCAUUAUUGUAUAUAAUCAUUAGGAGAAUGGCUAGUUUUGCGACCUCUGACAUUACAACUUGGAAAGUAGUGAUGUGUGUCUGUAUUGGAAAUCAUCUCUAAAUGUCUUGACGUCUUUUGUGUCUUUUUAUUUAUUAAACAGUAACAAGGUUCAGUAAGUAUAAAAGUAAGUGCAAAAUACCUACAAUAAGUUCCCUUGUUGUCAUUGUAGUGUUGUUCUACCAAGAUUGAUAACACACCUAUAGGUGAAAACAAACAUAAGGUUGUCAUUAGGUUUUAGCUAUUGCCGGUAUUCACAAAAAAACUAAAAAUAAAUAGGGCAAUAGAAGCCUUACAAGGCUCUCUGCGUUUCAAUAAAUGCAGCUAUGUGUAAGUGACUUUUUUGUAAGAUCUAUUUAUUGUCUUUACAUUAUAGAAAAGAGAUACGGCAGCAUACAUCCGAGCAAGUGACUAUUAUGGGUAAAACGUAGACAACGUACAAGUUUUUAUCUUCUAUCUGCUGAUAUUAAAAGUACUCUGUAUUGCUAUAUUUUCU